AAAUAUCUAAAUCCUUAUCCACUUCAUUCUCCUCUUCUGGAUAAUUUCAAAGUUUCUAAAAAAACUCAGCUUCUUGCUACUUCCUACAAGAUGAUAAAGUCGGUGACUCUUCGUUCGUUUCCUCUCCCUAUAGAGUUCAACGGCAAGUCUAAGUUCCUCGAGCCGUCGACGUCUUAUUUCCCGGCGAGAUCCUUCACAGUGGUUCGGUGUUCAAGCACGAGAGACGUCCCUAAGCUUGAGCUCUUCAGCCGCGGAAAAUUCGAUCGGAUUCUUCAAGAUCCGCCAUUAAUUGAAAAAGCCGAGUCCGAACUCUCAGAUUACUGUUCGACGCUUGAAGGUGAUGAUUCUUACAGCUGCUGGAAAGCAUACUUUGAGCUCAAAGACCUCGAAAAAGAGAAGCCAAAGGUGGAAGUUGAGAAUCUGAUCUUGCAAACCGGCGGUUUAAAAUCGUUAAUCGGGUGUUUACACGGGGUUGCUUUGAUAGAGAAAGACAAGAAAACCAAGAAUGGUUUAGAAUCAACAGAGGAAUCAAAUUCAAAGAAAGGAAGCAUGAAACUACAUAUUCAUAUCCCUGAUGGUUUACCAAAAUCUCAAGAAGAGUUAGAGGAAGAAGAGAAAUCGUUAAUGCCCGAUUCUGCUUUCACAAGAUUGCUUAGAACAAUGGGAACCAUCCCUGCUUGGUUCUCUCACGUUCCUGACCAUGAAACAGACUAAAUAAUCUUUAGAAAGUUGUUUCCUUAUCACGGUUUUGCUUUCAUGUAAAUAUAGCAAAAGUUUGGUUUCUUGAUUUUGCUUAGAACAUACAGUCACUGUAAUCUCUCUUUCAUAUUCCCAAGAAAAUGUGGUUGUCAUUGCGGAAUGUUCGAGAAAUGAUUGAUAUCAAGUUUGUUUCGAA